GUAAUUGGGGCAAAAAUUGUGGGUUAUAGUGUAAUUUACCAUAUUUUUUGCAUAACGCCAUUGGUAAUUGGUAUUCCUUUUCUCUGGCAAGGAGGAAAGCACCGCAGUCCAUCUCUCCUCCAUCGUCACACAGCCGUCACCGUUUUCACCGAAGGGUUUUGGGGGUAAGCCGAAUAACCAGAGUGUACAGCUGAAAGUCCGGAGCUGAAGGACAACUAGACCUGCAUUGACAGAAAUAAAAGCAAAGUGCGAAUUGGAAGAAAACGAGAGAAAAAUGGCUGAGAAAUUGGCUCCUGAGAAACGCCAUAGCUUCAUGCAUAAUGGUCAGAAAGUGUUCGAGUGGGACCAAACUCUGGAAGAGGUUAACAUGUACAUAACCCUUCCACCCAAUGUUCCGAAGAAGCUAUUCUGCUGCAAGAUUGAUUCCAAGCAUGUUGAAGUUGGGAUCAAAGGCAACCCUCCAUACCUUAAUCAUGACCUUAUGCACCCAGUGAAGACUGAUUCUUCAUUUUGGACCCUUGAAGAUGAUAUAAUGCACAUAACCUUGCAGAAGAGGGACAAAGGUCAGACGUGGUCUUCGCCUAUAAUGGGUCAAGGCCAGUUGGAUCCCUACACCACUGAUCUUGAGCAGAAACGACUCAUGCUUCAAAGGUUUCAAGAGGAGAACCCAGGCUUUGACUUCUCACAGGCUCAGUUCUCCGGAAGUUGCCCUGACCCAAGGACCUUCAUGGGAGGGAUACGUUCUAGUUGACAGCCUUUAGUCUUGGAGAAAAAGUAUAACAGAUAUUGGCAUCCUUGAAUUGUAUGUAAUCUUAACCAUCCCUACUCUUGGGCUUGCACAAUAAUUAGUACCUGUGGCCUAUGUUUACACUUGUAUGCUGACAUUUGUUUGUUCCGUCGUGUUAGAAUUCAGUGUAUAAUCAACAUAUUAAAUGUUCUGGCACUUCCAUUUAGAUCAUUCUCUUGCUCUAA